CGCUGAAGUUGUUGUGCCCAUCGAAAGAUUCUCCUGGAUAAUUUUUCUUUGUACCAAAAUGAGUACUCCCUCAAAAAAAUUCCAAUUUGUCUGCUUGGCCUCACUCCUUAUUUUGUGCACUUGGGUCAUUCAUGCUUUAUGCCGCCCUCUCAAUGAGGAAUUUGUCCUACAAAGGCAUGAGGAAUGGAUGGCUCAACAUGGACGUGUCUAUAAAGAUGCACAAGAAAAGGAGAGACGCUAUAAUAUUUUCAAGAACAACUUAGAAUAUAUUGAAAAUUUUAACAAUGAUGUGGACCGCGGAUACAAGCUAGCCAUUAACAAGUUUGCAGACCUUACAAAUGAAGAAUUCCGUGGCUUGUAUACCGGUUACAAGAGGAAAACCUCAAAAGCAGUAACCACAUCAAAAGACACAUCUUUUACACAUGUAAACUUAACAGCUGUGCCAGCUAGUUUGGACUGGCGAACAAAGGGUGCUGUGAACCCUGUUAAGGACCAAGGCCGAUGUGGCUCUUGUUGGGCGUUUUCAGCAGUGGCAGCUGUGGAAGGAAUAACUCAAAUAAAAACCGGUAAGUUAAUAUCGUUGUCAGAGCAAGAGCUGGUAGACUGUGAUACUGAAAGUGGGAAUAAAGGUUGUGGAGGGGGUUCCAUGGACACUGCCUUUGAGUUCAUUAAAAGAAACGGUGGCCUAACAACUGAGGCUGAUUACCCCUAUGAGGAAAUAGGUGGCAAUUGUAAGACUAAUAAGGCGGUAACACGAGCAGCCAAGAUUACUGGGUAUAAAGAUGUGCCAGCGAACAACGAGAAGGCCUUGCUGCAAGCUGUGGCAAAGCAACCAGUUUCUGUUUCAAUUGAGGGCAGUGGCUACAGUUUCCAGUUUUACUCAAGUGGCGUAUUCACUGGUGACUGUGACACACAUUUAAACCAUGCUGUUACCGCCAUUGGGUAUGGUACUGGCACCAGUGGCACUAAGUACUGGUUGAUCAAGAAUUCUUGGGGCACUGGUUGGGGUGAAAGCGGGUUCAUGAGGAUUCAGAGAGAUGUUAGCGCAAGAGAAGGCCUUUGUGGGAUUGCAAUGGAAGCAUCUUAUCCAACAGCAUGAAAAAUAUGGUGGGUUUGUGUAUUUCUGAACUUAAAUUUCCUUCCAAGAUAUUGUAGUUUGAAUAUGUCUGUACAAUAGUGUGUGGAAUAAAACUCUGAUGUCAAUAUCAUGUACUUUAAAGUUAACCUUUCUUUCUGUUGCCAAACAAAGCAAAAGAGAGAGAGUGAAUAAAUAAAUGCAGAGUCUGCAUAUAUGUUUCUCCAACAACUCAGCAA